UCCAACAUGGAGACAUAUAUCCUAGGAAUCCUCAUUGCAAUAUGUGGCAACCUCCUCAUCAGUAUCUCACUGAACACUCAGAAGUACACCCACAUACAACAGUCCCAGGAAAGCACUAAGUCGUACUACAAAAACCAUCUGUGGUGGUGUGGUAUCCUGCUCAUGGGAAUCGGGGAACUGGGGAACUUUGCUGCUUAUGGAUUUGCUCCAGCAUCACUGAUCGCUCCUCUUGGCUGUGUGUCUGUCAUUGCCAGUGCUGUUAUAUCUGUGGUGUUCCUAAAAGAGACAUUACGAGCCUCUGAUGUUUUGGGAGGUGCUCUCGCUCUCACCGGUACAUUUUUGUUGGUGAACUUUGCCCCUCAUUCCGCCCCCCACGUGACGGCAAACAUGGUGGAGCGCUGCCUAAUCUCGUGGCAGUUCCUCGCCUACUUUUUUUUUGAGGUGGUUUUGUUUUGCAUCUUGCUCUACUUGUAUAAGUGCGUAAAUCUGAAACACGUUGUGAUUGUGAUGCUUCUGGUGGCUCUGCUAGCCUCUGUGACAGUGAUCUCGGUGAAGGCUGUGUCUGGAAUGAUCAUUGAAACAAUUCGUGGAAGCCAGCUGCAGCUCAUGUACCCCAUUUUUUACAUCAUGUUUUUCAUCAUGAUAGUCUCAUGUGCCUUCCAGAUUAAAUUUCUCAAUGAGGCUAUGAAGUUGUUUGAUGCCAUGGAAAUUGUUCCAAUCAAUUAUGUCUUCUUCACAGCCAGUGCUGUAGUAGCAGGGAUUUUAUUCUAUGAAGAGUUUUAUGGCUUAUCAAUAAUAUACAUCCUCCUGUUUGUGUGUGGGUGCAUAUGUGCAUUUACUGGAGUGUUCCUGGUUGCUAGAAAUCGACCUAAAAUUAAACUGGACCAAAUGUUCAUCUCACUGGGUCAAGUCCCAGGUAAGAAAAGUACUGAUAAAGUGCACCCACAAAUGAAGGACAACAAAUAUGGAUCCCUGGCUUCCAAACUUGGGUGCGACAAUGAAAUGAUGCAGGAGGACUCCACCUAAUGGACAAGUCACUUUAUUACACAUACCGUGUGUGUGUGUGUGUGUGUGUGUGUGUGUGUGUGUGUGUGUGUGUGUGUGUGUGACAUUGUUGAAUUGUGUGACUGAAUUGUGCAAGAC